UAGAGGUAGAUAGUGGAUUAAUUGACCGCUAGAUGGAGACGGUGGGUUUAUUAUCCCCUCAAGAAAAGAAAAAAAAUGUCCCGCGUCUGAAUCUAGCUGAUGAUCCCUGUUGUAGGCUAUCUAUUGCUUAUCUUCUCCAAUGGUAAUUUAUUAUCAAGCUUUAAGAGAUUAGGAUGGGUCCUAAGAGACUUAAGGUGUUGUAUUAUUUUGUGUAAUAAGAUCCAUAUUUUACUUUACAGAUCUUCCUGAACAAACCCAUUCGGAGUGGAUGACAGUACUGUAGAAUGGAUGAAGGAACAGUCGAACAGGAAAGUUGUAGUUACUAGCUCUUGGUGGACAAUAUCUAAAUGACAAGGGCUGGUGUCACCACAACCAGCUCCGGUCCACAGACCCGUGAAGUGCCCAGCCUCGACCCCAGCCUGCACCUCUCAGGGGCCUCCUACUGACCCAACCACAGCCUGCACCGACCUCUCAGGGGCCUCCUGCUGCCCCAACCCCAGAGGGAUGAACUGUGUUGGUGUUGCGGGUGGGAUCUGAAUCCGGCUCUCCCACGGGAGAAACCAACUUCUUUACCGUUARCCCAAUAGGAAAUUCCCUUUUGACUGAGAGCCUGACUCACGUUGGAUACAUCGGCGCUAUGGAGGAAGAUAUACCACCCCUCUUAGAGCCAGACAUCCUGACACCAGCCUGCCCCAGCCUUAGCCGCAGACGGAUGUACAGGCUCUGUUCUACGGAGCCCAUACCACCCCUCCCAGACACCCAGCCCAAACCUGCACUCACCUCCCAGGGCCCAGAGCCCCACUGCUGCCCAGGUCCUAGCCCCAGCCCUGGCCCCGGCUCCAUGGAGCCCAUAUCGCCUAAGCCAAAUACCCAGACAGAGAACAGCAUCACUGACCCUGGCACACUUGUCUUAAUCCACCCCCCACAGGGGCCCGUGGCCCCUCAUCGCCCCUGCCCCAGUCACAAACGGACACAUGGUGUUGGUAUUGGUAUCAGUGUUGGCCCUAUGGAACCUAUACCCCCUCACUCAAAUACCCAGGCCAGUGUCACUGACCCUGACACACUUAACCUAAUCCAGGAGACGCGACAGAUGCCACAGAUUACCCAAAAAAGUGACACAGUGGAGGGCAAUGUGACUGACUGUCACUGUGACACACAUGUCUUAAUGCUAGUCACCCAGGAUCCGGUGACAGGACUCUUACACCACCACCACCACCACCACCAUGUUAGGACAGAGAAAGAGGACAUGGCCCAGUCAGAGGGACUAGCACCAGGCUAUCAUGAUGCUACACCACCACCUGUUGAUGCUUAUUGGGUCUUAUGUGAUAGCAUCACUAGUGUGACACAUGAUGGGACAGAGGGAGCUAGUUUAAAGUCCUCAGAGGAAAACAAUGACAGUCCUAACGAGUUGUGGCUGGACGCCUGCCAGUAUCAGACCCUGGCAGCUGAGGAUGGGGAGGGGGAAGAAGGGGCUAUUUUGGGUGGGGACGAGUGGGGCCUUUAUCCUAUCAGAGGCAGCGGUGUCACAGAAUGUCCGGGCAACACAAAGGAGUCGGGUUUCCUACUGGGAACGGACGCUGCUAUUGGUCAGGGAGGCUGUGAUUCGGACCAGUGGUUGUCUSUGCCACCUUUUGAUAGGUCUGUGUCCACUGACAGCUGGUAUAGCACGUUCUCCGACUGGGCUGUCAUAGUUCCUGGAGGAGGACCGCGACCCGAAGACUUUACAGGAACAGCUGCACUCACACAGAAACAGGGACAGGGACAGGCACAAGCAUAUCCACAGACACCCAUGGCCAUCCAACACCAGGCAGUGGAGCCGCGAGCCAGCACAGAGAGCCCCAUCCACGCUGGGCCAGAAGAGCUACUGGAAGUGGGUAGCCUCCAGGACAGGGAAGGGGAAGGGGAAGACACMCAGACAGAGGAGUCCCACAGCGGGUGUAUAUCAUCAGCAGGGCAGGGAGAUCAGGAGCCUGUUGGAGAGCUGGUGAUCACUGAGGAUGACUGCUCUGCCUAUCCCACAGAUAGCCACUCAACCCUGGGUUCAUCGUCUGACACACUGGUCUUUCCCACCACCAAACUCUACGGGCUGGUGAUCAAUACGACAGAGGCGGUGCUGGCUCCUCCCCCCAUAUCCUUUUCCUCAUCCGCCUCGGGUGCUGCUCCUGUGGGGAGAGAUGUGUUGGAAAUGGAAACAGACAUUGAUAUUAGCCACAAGAGAGACAGUUAUUUACUAGAGGACAGUGUUGGCAGAUUUCAGAACCAGCACCUUAGAGAUGCAGUGCGGAAUGUGACAGAAAAUAGUGUCUCCCAGCUGGGCGGCGUGUUCAUUGAGGGGGAAGAUGAAGAGAGACGUUAUGGGUCGGUGAGCGUCUCCGGUUACCCGUCCAGUAACAAGACACAUCAGGUGGAGCAUCUGUGUGGCGACAAGAGACAUCAACAGUCAUUUAAGAAGUCUCAAUGUACCACAGACUCUGACAGGAACACAUACGUGAUGGCACACAGAGACACACCGUCCCGAGGUACUAAGGCAGACAUACAUGUGUCCCCCAACACAGACAGGAAGGACCUCCAGGAGACAGAGGGGAAGAGGCCACAGUGGGGGAAUCCACCAUUUUUAAUGCCUGUUAUGCCUUUAGCUCCUCUGAGUCUCAGCGUGGGCCGAUCUCUCUUUUGCCGGACGAACAGCGCUUUGGAAGGGGAUGCCAUCCAAGCCAGUCCUAAGAGCUCACUACUCAAUGAACAGAAAGGUCAGAGUUGUGGGUUUAUACAAUMUAAUGUGCCCCGACUGCCCGUUUUGCCCGCCUGUUUCCGAGGGAAGAUUGAUAAGAAGACACCUGUGGUAAACAAAGAGGAAAAACUGUUGUUGACGAACAYAAAGAGGAAUACAGGUUCUAGAGAUACAACAUCAGAGGACAAGGGUGGAAAGUUGACCAUUUGCUCUGGUCGGAAUCUGAACAGGGACUUUCCAGCAUCGUCUUCGUCAAGUGAGGAAUCAACAGCAUCUUGGUCUCUUGACAGAAAGAAAAACAKCACAGUCCCACAUGAGGUCAGCUCCCUCGGUAAAGAACUCUCCAACUAUAUCAUUGUGACCGGUGAUCACUUGAUGAUCUCAGAGAAGGAACGUGUUGCAUACUUAACUCUAGACCAGGAGAACCCUCUAGACUCCAGAACGUCCUUGUUGAAACAAAYACAAUCAGACAGAAAUAAAGAACCCAAUCACUGUGUUACAGCAGACGUAAAGAAAGGCUCCAAGAUGCCUCAUAAAACCAGAACACACUCCAAGAAAGAGAAGCCAGCUGUGGUUCACCAUCUGGCCCCACCAACCUCCAAAACACAACAGAACCUACCGCUCGGAUCUUACAUUAAAUGUGAUCCCCUAACAACACGCGAGGAUGGCGACGAUGGAUCUGUGACUGUCAAAGAGACUAUCGUCAUAACAGAGAAUGUUAACACCAAAGGCCACGCCCACGGGAAGAAGAAGAAACACUCUGGGAAACACUCCCAGAAUGCAACAGUGAAGAGCGAGGGGGUAGAGCCCCUGGUYGAGGUGGAGAACAGGGCUAAACAGAAGACUGCUACCAAUGGGAAAAUAGACACCUUUGUUGCCAAAUUUGGACCCAAGGCUGGGAAAACCAAAGAUAAGACUACAGCAGCUCUGCCUUGUAAGAAGGACAGUGUUCAUUCAGACAGCGCUCAGAAACAACCUGGUGUGAAAUCUCUGGUUGACGCUUCUGUCAUCAGCCAAGGUGCCACAGUGAGUGACCCUUCCUCCAAGGUGCCCCAGUCUACCAUCCCCAUUGGCCAGCAGCCCAAUGAUGAUGUCAUCAAGCGGCGCCGUCUGUCUGAGGACAAGUUUGGUAAACACGAACCCAAGGCUGCUGUUGAGACAACUCGUAGGAAGGCCUACAGCGAUGUACUGAAACAGAGAACACAUCAUGCACCAAAAGAAGUGCCCAGAGUGGUGCAGCGGAUCCAGGCAGUGCCUGUCAGUGGCGAUCCUCAGAGUCUCAGUCUAGGGUGUCAGUUCACGGCUGUCUUUACCGACUACACCGUCACCUGGACCAGAGAGGGGGCAGUGCUGGCUGAGAUCAAGAGAAGUGCUGGAGAUGAGAGCAGAGUGUGCCUCACAUCACCAAGCCUCCAAUAAAGAUCUGGGAAGUACCGCGUGUAGUCUCCUCUGUUCC